AUGGACAGCUUCUCGAAGACAGGGUUGGGAGUUAAAUGCAACUGGGAAAGAAAUGGAGAAGGUUGUGAAAGUUCUUUCUGGGCGGAGACGUGUGUCUAUUCUUGUGGCACAAACACGCUAAACCAACAUGUCACCGGGUGUUUGAUAAAUAAGAAAAGGGUUUUGAAAGGCCGAAAACAGAUUUGUCCUUUCUUUCUUUUUUCAUUUUUUUAUUUCUUCCUUUCAUCUUUCUCUCUUUCGUUUUUCAUUUCUUUAUUUCUUCCUUUCAUCUUUCUCUCUUUCGUUUUUCAUUUCUUUAUUUCUUCCUUUCAUCUUUCAUUCUUUCGUUUUUCAUUUCUUUAUUUCCUCCGUUCAUCUUUUUUUUUUCGUUUUUCAUUUCUUUAUUUCGACCUUUCAUUUUUUUUUCGUUUUUCAUUUCUUCAUUUCGUCCUUUCAUUUUUUUUUUUCGUUUUUCAUUUCUUCAUUUCGUCCUUUCAUUUUUUUGCUCGUUUUUCAUUUCUUUACUUCUUCCGUUCAUCUCUGUUUCGUUUUUCAUUUUUUUAUUUCUCCCGUUCAUCUUUCUCUUUUUCGUUUUUCAUUUCUUCAUUUCGUCCUUUCGUUUUUUUUUUCAUUUUCCAUAUUGUAUAUUUUUUAUUUCUUAACACUUUCUUUUUUAUUUGUUCUUCCAUUCUGUUUUUUCUUCCUUUUAAUUUUCUUUAUUCUUUUUUUGUUUUAUUUUCAUCUUUCGUUUUUCUUUCUUUGUUCAUUUUUCAUUCUCCUUUUAUUCUUUCUUUCUUUCUCUUCAAAUUCGAAAAACGCCAUUUUCCCUGUUCCCAGCUGUUCGGGGCGACUUUUACACAAAAGAAAAUUAUCCUUCUAUCUAUAUCUCUAGCUAGCUACCUAUCUUGCAAAAUUUGUCAAUAUCUAUCUAUCUAUCUAUCUAUCUAUCUAUCUAUCUAUAACAAUCUUUUUUUGUAUAUCUAUCUACCUAUCUAUCGAGAGGAAGAUCUAUCCAGCAAAUACAUUAAUUUAAUGAUGGCAUAUUUUGUCCUUAGUUUUGUUCCCUGUAUUUGGUAA